UUUGGACAUUACAUAUGGUGUGCAUGGACAGGAGUGUGCACGUAAUGUGCAUGUAACCACCUUCGCUGAAACUAUAUCAGUGCAAAACAAAAAGGUAAUGCAAGAAGAACUAUACCCGAUAUCAUGCCUUCAUUGUGAUGAAAGAAAAGGUUGAACUUAGAGUGCGUUAUGCAGCAAGUUUCAGGUUUAAUUUGUGGGGGCUAUAUAUUUUUGUACUGUAAGAAGGUAGAUCCGGAUCUACCUGCAUGUAGACAUCUCGCCACCUGAUACCAAAGGCCGGCCACCUGAAAGAAAGAGGGCUUUGUUCUAGCCAGGCGAUAUAAUUAGUCCUCCGGCUCACCCGAAAAGCUGUCAACAGCAAGGAGUAAAUUGCGACAAUUCACACUUAAGUGAUUGGGCCUCAAGACAGAUGAUCAUUGAGACUACGCCUGCUUUCACCGGAAAAAUGCGGAGACCAAGACUAACACUAAAGCUACAGAUGGAGCAAGUGUAAAGUGGGGACGAUCAUGACUAUGGAAGCUAACAGGAAGUUUACCAAGUUCAUGACCAACCAUUGUGCCAAUCUUCUUCCUGCUGAAUUUGGACUUGAAUUUUGACUUGGAGCGGUGAGCGGAAGAGGGCAUCUUCCUUCUUUGUCACGUAGUGAGUCAACUGGUCUCUCUAACUGCUCUCCACAUCCCCAAGUAACGUAAGUUCCAAGCGAACUCCAAAGUCCACACAUUGAAAACUUUCUGUGAAAAAAAUUUCUUUGAAGAAAACUCGCGAACUCCAAAGUCCACACAAACCCACACUUUGAGAACUUUCUGUGAAAAAUUUUCUUUGAAGAAAACUCGAAUACCUCUCAGAGGCCACGAAAAAUACUUGAAUUGAAUCUUUUGACGGCAUUGAUGGGAAGAAAUUUCCCUACUCUUGCAUGCUUAUACUAUAAAGCAGAGCAAGGAAACCAUCGAUCUCUCCACACAAACUCCUUUCUUCUUCAGUAGAGACUAGAGAGAACAAGAGAGAGAGAGAGAGUAUGGCGUCCUCCAACGCAGCAACGAUCUCCAAGAUUGCCUCCGUCGCCGCUUCCGCCAUGCUCGUCCGCAGCAUCGUCAACGACUUCCUCCCUCCCCACUUCCACCACUUCCUCCUCUCCCGCUUCUGCAACAUCUUCUCCCGCUUCUCCUCCCGCCUCUCCAUGGUGGUCGAGGAGUAUAAUGAGUUCGCGGUGAACAGGCUCUACGAGGCCGCGGAAGUCUAUCUCUCCACCAGGAUCUCUCCCUCCAACACCCGACUGAAAGUCGGCAAGCAGGACAGGGAGAAAGGGUUCCUGGUUACUAUGGACAGGGGCGAAGAGAUUGUCGACGUCUUCGAUGGGUUCAAGAUAACGUGGAGAUUCGUCCGCACAGAGACAGAGAAGAGGGUUCCCAACAGCCAUGGCGGCUCUUCCAUGAAGGAAAAUCGCUACUUCGAGCUCUCCUUCGACAAGAUUCACAGGGACAAGGUGUUGAGCUCGUACUUCCCUCACAUACUGGACAGAGCCAAGGCCAUAAAGGACGAGAACACCCCAGUUAAGAUCUUCACUCUGAGCGAGAGAUAUAGGUUUGGCGACCCCAAUGGACUCUGGAGCUCGGUGGUGCUUGACCACCCUUCGACUUUCGAGACGUUGGCAAUGGAGGAAUCCCAAAAGGCAGCCAUCAUGAAGGAUCUGAAGAAAUUUAUGGAGAGAAAGCAGCUGUACAGAAAGGUCGGCAAGGCCUGGAAGCGGGGGUACCUGCUUUACGGGCCUCCAGGCACCGGCAAAUCGAGCUUGAUCGGCGCCAUGGCCAAUUUCCUCAACUUUGACAUCUAUGACCUUGAGCUCACCGACGUCCGCCGCAAUUCUGACCUCAGAAACCUGCUCAUGGCGACGUCCAACAGAUCUAUGCUCGUAAUUGAAGACAUUGAUUGCACGAAGGAGUUGAAGAACCGGGAGGGAUCAGGUGAUCAGGCUGUUGUUCCUUCGAGAUGGGGUGAGUUUGGUGACAAGGAGGUGACGCUCUCAGGGUUCUUGAAUUUUAUCGAUGGACUGUGGUCUAGCUGUGGGGACGAGAGAGUAAUCGUCUUCACUACCAACCACAAGGAGAAGCUCGAUCCUGCUCUGCUGAGGCCAGGACGUAUGGAUAUGCACAUCCACAUGGGCUACUGCAGCUUCUCUGGUUUCAGAAUUAUGGCUUCCAACUACUUGGGCAUCCAUGACCACCCAUUGUUUGUACAUGUAAAGGAUAUUAUGCAGAAGUUGCAGAUCACACCAGCCGAAAUUGGAGAGGUAUUCAUGAGAAGUGAACUUGACAAUCCCACGGUUGCCCUUCAGGGUGUAAUCGAUGCUCUGCAGGGCAAAGAGAAGGAGAAAGAAGAAGAAAAGGAGAAGGAGAAGGAGAAGAAGGAAGAUGAUGAGCCAGUGGAGGUCAAAGAAAGUGCAGGUGACAGUAAAGAAGAAGAUGAGAAAACAGGGGAAGAGAAGAAACUCAGUGGAGGAGCAAUAAGAUUCCUUCGCACCGCAUUUUAAACUGCCAUUUCUGUGAAUAAAUGAUCGAAAGGUAGAUGACUACAUUACAUGAUUAAUCGAGAGGCAUCAAGUCUCAAUGAGAAACUUGUAUUCCCCCAGCGAAUAGAAAUACUAAACCAUGGCUUAGUCAAGUUCUUCUCUGCGAUUGCUGAUCUCUCAACGUUGUGAAUUGUGAUUUCUUGUUAGUAGAAACUGUUUCUUUCCUUUUU